AUGAUGAACGGUAUUGCUCAGUCUGAUUUUGAACAAUUCUUGAAUCUACAUGAAGAUCAACUGAUAGCAAGUGGAAUACCUGGUCACUUUUGGUAUCGAUUACAUGAAAAACUUGUUCAUGAAAUAUAUGAUGCGAGUACAUGUGUCAUGAUGCAACAGAUUGAGUAUACAGAUGAGAGUGAUGGUGAUGAUGAUAAUAAUGAAGAUAGUGACAAAGAUUCAACUGGUGUUCAUCGACAAUGGGAUAUUGUAGUCAGUGCUGAAAAAGUUUCAUCAUCUGACAGUAAUAAUAUAUUCUUGGUUGAUCAUGCAUGGACAUUUGAAGCAGGAUCUAUGCGACAAAGUCUGUUUGCACUUCCUAAUCUCUUACAACGUAUGGCUUCAUUAAUGGAUAUUGUACACUCGACAACAGACCAACAAAAUGAAGAGAUUAUUUCAGAAAUUAGCAAAACAGUAUGGAAAUUUUGUCGACAUUAUAAAUUAUCAGCGCAACAGAAUGCUGCCCUAUUGUCACAGAUACCGGAAUUACAACAUCUUAUGUGGUAUGUGCUUGAUGAAGUUGGAUCGCGUAUUCAACAUUCUGAUGAACCUACAGCUCGUAUGGUCCCAUUCUAUUAUGUUCCACGAAAUCUCUGUUAUUCCAUCUUCUGGUUUGUUACCGACCUCCAAGAAGGUGACAGUGUAACUGUUGACUACAUAGAGCAUAUAAAAGACGCUGAAUUACGACCUUACUACUUACUACCCUGGCAACCAGUAGAUUUUUCUAGUAAACCAGUUGAACAUACUUACGUAUUGACAAAUGAAUUUUUCACAUCACAUCGAAUACAAGAAACACUGCCUGUAGCGUGUCGAUCUGAGGAGAUAAUUGAACGGGAGACACUAUGUGUCUAUGCAGAUUUAGAACAAGUUAAAAAGUAUUUAACUCAUCCGCGGUUUACUUUUGUCGAUUCACCGGAGAAAGCUGAUAUUUUAUGGAUGCAUGAACAUUUCAAAGAAUUUGAACGUUUAUCUAUAGAUCGCCCAAAUACAUUUGUUAAUCAAUUCCCUGGGGAAAGUAUUCUCACUGUUAAAGAUCUAUUGGCAAGUUUAGCAGCAAUAUUAGCAAAAGAUAGCUAUGAACUAUCUGGUCAAUCGAAUAACACAAAUGAUAAUAAUAAUAAUAUCGAUGAAAAACUUUCAACACCAUGGUAUCCGAUUACAUUUAAUUUAGUCUAUGAGCUUCCACAGUUUUGUUCGUAUUUUCAAUCAAAAUGUAAUGAAAUCGGUAAUAACAAAGAUGAAGAGACGACAAGUACGGAAAAAAAUUUAUGGAUAUUGAAACCAUGGAAUCUUGGCCGAGGCUUAGGCAUAAUUAUUACAGAUAAUCUUGAUAGAAUUAUUAAGACAUGUGAUACUAACCCAAUGAUUGCUAGUCGAUAUAUCACUGAUCCUGUUCUAUUUUAUCGUGAUGAUUUACAAGCUAAUGUGAAAUUUGAUAUUCGUUAUAUAGUGCUGUUGCAUUCUGUUAAACCAUUAACUCUAUUCGCCUACAAAGUAUUUUGGCUUCGAUUUGCAAACAAACCGUUUAUUUUACAGGAUUUCGAUGCCUACGACAGACAUUUCACAGUGAUGAAUUAUCGUGCUGCUGACAAUUUGAAACAAAUCCAUUGUGAUGAAUUUAUUGAACUAUUCAAUAAACAAUAUCCAGACUAUCAGUGGUCAAAUGUCGAGCGAAAAAUACAUCAACUUCUUGUGGAAAUCUUUCAAGGCGCUACAAAAUAUCCUGCUCCACGUGGUUUAACGCAUAAUUGUCAGUCACGUGCAUUGUAUGCCGUUGAUUUACUUUUAGAAUGGCGUCCACUAACGUCAUCAACACUUCCAAGUACUUCAUUAACAUCAGAAAGAAAGAAAGAUAUCUUUCCUGUCGUAUGUGAAGUCAAUUUUUCACCAGAUUGUGAAAGAGCUUGUCGUUAUCAUCCAGACUUUUUCAAUGAUGUAUUCUCAUGCCUGUUUCUUAAUCAAUCACCUGAAUUAUGUAAUAUCAACAAAUUAACAUAA